AAACAUUCAUCACCAUGGCAACAAGAGCGCUGACGUCAGCUUCACCGCGCACUCACACUGGAGAGAAACCCUACAAGUGUGAGGAGUGCAGCAAGCAGUUUAGUGAGUUCGGUUGUCUGAAGAAGCACAUGCGGACUCACACUGGUGAGAAGCCCUACAGAUGUGAGGAGUGCGGCAAACAGUUCAAUGAAUUGGGUUCCCUGAAGAAGCACAUGAGAACUCAUACCGGAGAGAAACCGUACAGAUGUGAGGAGUGCAGCAAACAGUUUAGUGAGUCGGGUUGUCUGAAGAAGCACAUGCGGACUCACACUGGUGAGAAACCCUACAGGUGUGAGGAGUGCAGCAGGCAGUUUAGUGAGUUGGGUCAUCUGAAGAAGCACAUGCGGACUCACACGGGCGAGAAACCCUACAGAUGUGAGGAGUGUAGCAAACAGUUCAGUCGGCUAAGUCACCUGAAGAUACACAUGCGGACUCACACUGGUGAGAAGCCCUACAGGUGUGAGGAGUGUAGCAAACAGUUUAGUGAGUCGGGUUGUCUGAAGAAGCACAUGCGAACUCACACUGGGGAGAAACUCUACAGAUGUGAGGAGUGCAGCAAACAGUUCAGUCGACUGAGUCUCCUGAAGAUACACAUGCGAACUCAUACUGGUGAGAAACCCUACAGGUGUGAGGAUUGCAGCAAACAGUUUAGCACGCUAAGCAAUCUGAAGACACACAUGCGGACUCACACUGGCGAGAAACCCUACAAAUGUGAGGAGUGCAGCAAACAGUUCAGUGAAUUGGGUUCUCUGAAGAAGCACAUGAGAACCCAUACGGGAGAGAAACCGUACAGGUGUGAGGAGUGCGGCAAACGGUUCAGUGAAUCGGGCUCUCUGAAGAGGCACAUGCGGACUCACACUGGUUAGAAACCCUGCAGAUGUAAUUAGUGUAGCAAACCGUUCAGUUCGCUGAGUCAUGAUCUGAAGACCCACAUGCGAACUCACACUGGUGAGAAGCCAUACAGAUGUCAGGAGGGUAGCAAGCAAUUCAGUCAUCCGGGUCACCUGAAGAAACCCAUGCGAACGCAUGACAAACAAACAAACGCACGACCAACUAAUACGUUGCCUUGCAUUUAUACACGAACAGGAAAAAGUUCACAAUCUAAAUCCUACGGUCUAAAAUCUGAUAUAUUUCUAAACCACACAGCGCAGUUUACUCCUAACUACCUCUCACAUAACAUGCUCUAGCCAGGCUUCAAGAAUUUCCUCCGCAUUACUUUGUAUACUGUGUUUGCGACCUCAAAUCGCGAUGCAUUUCUGAUCGAUCUGGUCCCACCUGGGAGGUUUGUGUUGUAAUGUGACUUGUCCAGAGCGGCCAGACUGGGCCACAUUGAUCCUGCUUAGGUGGAUUCUGUCCGGAAUCUGAUUAGCAAAGCUUAGUAUGAAAUCUCGACCAAAUACAAGUCGGUUCAGGCUAGAAUCCUUGUGUUUAAGUAGUUUAAAGAAGGCGUCGCGCUAAUGUCAGAUGUGUGUUUCUCCAGACGUCAACUUUUAAUUGAUGUCAGACAGUUAUAUAUUGUUUCAUAUGCAGCAUUACGUCGAUGAAUGUUAGACAUCCAGGUAAUAAGAUACGC